GGGGGGGAGAUUGUAGAUAUUGGUUGGCUUGUUAGCUACACAGGUAUCCAGAAGUUAUUACUAGACUGCUUGCUACAUGGAGCUACGACGAUAGCUUGUUAGCCAAGCAGCAGGAGAAAAGUCUUUCAAGCUAUUCUCAUCCGAUCAAUCCCUAUGAGGCAUUAUCAUCCUGGUGGUGAUACAGCAUGUGCUCUUACUCGGUAUUACGAUUUCGUACCGCGGCGGUAUCUGAUGCCGAUUGCGCCUAUCGAUAAAGUGUGGGACAGCGCGAUAUCCGCACACAUGAAUUUCGGUCCUCGCUUCGUCGCGGACAUUACUCUUUUUGUAGAGUAUAUUUUUGCCAAAAAGAUGUUGAUCAGUAUCUCAUCCUUUACUGCUCUUAUAGCAGUAUAUUUCUGUAUCAUUAGACAGUCCAUUUUGUACAGUGAGGCACUGUAGAAAGCUUCGGAUCCGGAUCUACUCUGCUGAUAAGUCUGUGACACUUACACUCCACUGGAGCAGGAGCUCAGAGCCGGGUCAAGCUUACAUUACAUUACCGGAGCCAAAGGAGGGG